AUGGGUUCAACAAACGGCAGCAGCCAGGUCCUGGGGGAGUACAUGCACCCCGUUGUCAACCCAAACUCCGAUCGAGGAGACCCUUGGCAGCGAAGCUACGGCGCGCCUCCCCCCGUGGGCGAUCUCGUUCCACGAACCUCGCCACUGAUCGAUAUCCGCCCCUUGCUCUCUGAACCAGGGUACACCGCCGUCGGGCAUCUCAAGAGUCAUGGAUUCGGGGUAGUCAAGCACCGCUCGGCGUCCCUGGAGUCAUGCCACACAAGCAAAGGAGAGAUGGACGAGGAAGCCGUGGCAAGCAUGUAUUACCCCGAAAUCAAGGAACUAGUAGCAAAGACCCUGGGCGCCAAAUACGUCCACGUUACGCAUAGUGUCUUUCGGCGAGGCGCAAGAGCACCAGAACCGUUCAAGAUGCCAACGGGCUUGAAGCCAUUGCCGGCAGAUGACGGCAAACAUGGAGACAGGGGGGCUUCUACAGAAAAGAGCAAGGCAAAGCAAGGCAAGCCGGCAGACUACUGGACAUGUCGACCGCGCAUGUCUACAUCGACACCGGCGCGCGUCCCCCAUCUCGACUUCACGCCGCUCUCUGCACGGCGGACGCUGCGCUUCCACAGCCAAGAGAUCUACAAGACAGCCCUGGAGCGAGGCAUGAUUGCGGCCGAGGACACAAUCUGCCUGAACCACCCGUUUCGACCGUCCGACAAGGAAUCAGACGCCCUCAUCGCCAAGCAGUACAACCACACGGAGAGCGGGCGACUCGGGCCCCGAUACGCCGCGUAUAGUAUCUGGCGGCCCCUGAAGAAGGUCGCCCGCGAUCCCCUGACGUUCUCGCCGCGAAAGGAGACGCCCGCCAGCGCCGACGGUGACACGGUACACUGGCGAUAUGAGAACAGGGUCCCCGGCCCCCCGGAGCUAGGCGGCGACUGGCUAAAGGAGUUUGCCAUGCUCGGCGUGAAAGCAAAGGAACCGCCGCCGGGGCAGAGCCCUCGACACGCGAGCGCCGGCUCAGAGUGGUACUACGUGUCGGCGCAGGAGACGGACGAGGUCCUGUUCGUGCAGCUCUUUGACAGCGCAUCGCUGGGCGAGGAUUCCCAGCACGCAGGUGCCCCGUGGCAUGCUAGUCCUGAAAUCGGCGCCGCUGCCGGCGAUGAGCCCAGGGAGAGUAUUGACGUUCGCGUCCUUGUUCUCUGGUGA